AUGUUCAACCACCUAUUUGUGGCCGCUUUGGUGGUCAGCGUCCCUUGCAGCACUUUAGCAGCCGUUAUAAAGCGCCAUGCCACCGAUCUGGACGGAACCUAUGAUUUCGUCAUCGCAGGCGGUGGCACUGCUGGCCUGACCAUCGCUGACAGAGUCUCGGCUGCUUUCCCGAAUCGGUCCGUUCUCGUGGUGGAGGUUGGAAAUUGGGAUCCUCGCCCGCCGUGGUAUGAGCCAGCCUCGGUAACCUGGGACAUGGGCGGGGCCUUCGUGUACUCGCAACCCAUUCCGACCCUGGACAACAGGACGCCCAGGCCGUUCAUGGUGGGAAAGACUCUCGGUGGUAGCUCUGCCAUUAAUGGCCAAGUGUUCGACCGUGCUUCUCGCCAUGACUACGACAUGUGGCCCAGCUACGCUGGGGCGGAUGGCUGGGACUGGGAGGGCCUGAAGCCGUACUUCCAAAAGAGCGUGACCUUUGUUGAGCCAACGGCAGAGGAAGUCGAGCAAUAUGGCUACACGUGGGACAUUGAGUCUGCCUAUGGAGGCUCGACUCCGGUCAACUCCUCGUUCCCGCCUUUCCAAUGGCCAACAACCGGUAUAUCCCGCCAAGCCUGGCAGGAAGUUGGACUUGAAGUCAAGAAGGAGUGCGCCGGGGGCGACAAAGCCGGCUUGUGCUGGGUUCCGACCUCCCAGAGCCCUUGGGAUGCCAGCAGAUCGCACGCCGGCAUUGGUCACUACGAGCUGAUCAAAUCUCGCCCAAAUCUCCACGUCAUUGCCGACCACAAGGUGAUCCGUGUUGUGUACUCCGGGGAUGACCUCGCCGACCAGGUGCCGGUCGUGGAGAUAAAGUCCCUCAACGACAGCUCCGUCUACAACGUCAGUGCCAAGGCCGAGGCCAUCAUCUCUGCUGGUACUGUCCACACUCCUCAGGUCCUUCAGAGAAGCGGCCUCGGCCCUGCCGCACUCCUUAAGGACGCCGGUAUCGAUGUCGUGCUCGAGCUUCCCGGUGUCGGGUAUAAUUUCCAGGACCACACGGCUGCCCAGUUUGCAGUCAAUGUUACCAAAGACCUCCUGCCUAACGAGAACGAAUUGAGCUCGAACAAGACCUUCCUGCAGGACUCGCUUGCCCGGUACGCCCUCAGGCCGGCGCAGGGCCCAUACACACAAGGCGUAGCCAACACAGCAGCCUUCCCUGCCCUGAAUGUCAUCACCGGCGAGUACAAGGCCCUCGCUGCCGCCGUCCGCGACCAGAUCGCAAACGGCUCUGCGACCCAGUAUCUGCCGCACGGAACGCCCGAGACCGUCGUCGCGGGCUACUACAAACAGCUGGCAUACAUCGCCGACGCAAUGGAGAACACUGACCAGCCCUUCAUGGAAGGGUGGACCUCCGGGGUGCCUCAGUACGGCACACUGCUUCACCCUUUGAGCCGGGGCUCGAUCCUUCUCAACGCAUCCGACAUUGACGGCGAGCCCAUCAUAAACUUCAACACGGCCAGCAACCCGCUGGACCUCGACAUCAUCGCGACCUUCGUCCCCUUCUUCCGCAAGCUCUGGGCGACCGACGCGUUCAGGGCCCUCGGCAUCGUCGAGACGUCCCCCGGCGCCAACGUCACGGGCGCCGCGGACCUGAGCCGCUGGCUCGUCGGCGAGGCGCUGCAGCAGAGCGACUACCACCCGUGCUGCACGGCGAGCAUGGCGGCGCUCGAGGACGGCGGCGCCGUCGGCGGCGACCUGCGCGUCCACGGGCUGCGCAGGCUCCGCGUCGCCGACCUCAGCGUCGCGCCCCUGGAGCUCGGCACCCACACGCAGUCGACGGCCUACGCUAUCGGCGAGAAGGCAGCUGAUCUGAUUAUUGCGGACUGGUCGUGA